AUGGUACAGGUGCUGGUGACGGCUGUGGUGGGGCAACUGGCGCUGAAGUUCUCCUUCAGCAACGUCAUCGAGGUGAAGCUCAUCGAGAGCGACAAGAAGCUCAGGAUGCACCCGGUGAUGAUCCUGCUGUCCGUGGGCAUCUUUGGGUACCUCUGGGGGCCCACGGGCAUGCUGCUGAGCGUGCCUCUGAUGGCGCUCCUUAAGAUCGCCCUCUUCUCCGAGUUAGUGUCCUGA